UCCGAGGAACUGAAGGAGUCCUGUCUGGGGUGGGGGAGAUGGGGAAACUGGAGGCCAGCGCCGACAAGUGAAAAAGAGAGAGACCAUUGAAAGAAUUCUCCUUUCCUGUCCAGCCGGAUCGCCAUGAACCACCCCCAGCCACUGAAACUUGCCCCGAGCCCUCUCGCGUCUCCAGCCCCAAGCUAUGGGACACCUGCCCUGCAGCGAUCAUAACUUAUCUGGCGGGUGGGGGGGUGGGGGGAACGGAGAAGCAGGAAUCGCGAGGCGACAGACAGCAGCCAGCCUGGAGGUAGGGGAGCGAGCCUCCCCGGACUCUGCCUAACACAUUCCCUGGGAUUUAACUGAAGCAGGCACCCAACGCCAACCACAUCCCUGCCCCUCACCUCGUUUCCCAUACCUCCUGCCAGCGCCAGAGCCGAAAGCCUUCCCAAUCCACGAUGUUUGCCGGGUCCAGCCGUCCAAGGCCAGCCUUUUGAUCUCCGCAGGAGAAAUAUUUUUCUUCACCUUGCAGGGAUCUUUCCGUUUAAAUGAAAAAAGGAGGAGGGGGAGAACAAAAGGGAACAAGCCCACCCUAAAUACACCAACUCAUCCCCUCCACCCUAACGCGACAGGGAGUGAUCAGCCCAGCUAGAGUUUAUUAAGCGGCAAUACUCUCUCCUUGGUCUGAAAGACUGGAGCCAGGAGCUAUCCGUGGUUCUGAAAUCCACCUUCUUUUCCUGUGGGGGUUCCACCCCCAACAUCUGGAUUGUACUUUUUUUUUUAAUCGCCAGUGGAAAAGUCCCAGCGCUUGAUUCACCUGGUUUUGUAAGUGUCAAUUCUAAACAUCUUUCUGCCCCUAAAACUCGUGGACUACAAAAGCAUCGGACCUGGGAAAAUGUGCUGCUUUAAUACACUUAGGCUCUACCUUUGGGAGACGAUUGUAUUCUUCAGUCUGGCUGCUUCCAAGGAAGCUGAGGCUGCGGCCCGUUCCGCACCCAAGCCUAUGUCUCCCUCGGAUUUUCUGGAUAAGCUGAUGGGGAGAACCUCGGGAUACGAUGCCAGGAUCAGACCUAAUUUUAAAGGUCCCCCAGUCAAUGUGAGCUGCAAUAUUUUCAUUAACAGCUUUGGCUCCAUUGCUGAAACAACUAUGGAUUAUAGGGUCAACAUCUUCUUGCGUCAGCAGUGGAAUGACCCUCGAUUGGCCUACAAUGAGUAUCCUGAUGAUUCCCUGGACCUGGACCCAUCUAUGUUGGACUCCAUCUGGAAGCCUGACUUGUUCUUUGCCAAUGAGAAAGGAGCCCAUUUCCAUGAGAUCACUACUGACAACAAGCUCUUGCGCAUCUCCAGGAAUGGCAAUGUCCUCUACAGUAUCAGGAUUACUCUGACUCUGGCCUGCCCUAUGGAUUUGAAGAAUUUUCCCAUGGAUGUCCAGACAUGCAUUAUGCAACUGGAAAGCUGUAAGCCCCCCAAGCCCUGUGUCUCAUUCUAUGUCUCCUAUGUGAAAGCCAUUGACAUCUGGAUGGCAGUAUGUCUGCUCUUUGUGUUCUCUGCAUUGUUGGAGUAUGCUGCCGUCAACUUUGUGUCCCGGCAACACAAAGAGCUACUCAGGUUCAGAAGGAAAAGGAGACAUCACAAGGAGGAUGAAGCCGGGGAGGGAAGGUUCAAUUUCUCUGCUUACGGGAUGGGCCCAGCCUGUCUACAGGCCAAGGAUGGCAUCUCUGUCAAGGGAGCCAACAACAACAACACUGGCAACCCUCCACCCCCACCUUCCAAGUCUCCAGAGGAGAUGCGCAAGCUUUUCAUCCAAAGGGCCAAGAAGAUUGACAAGAUGUCCCGGAUUGGCUUCCCCAUGGCCUUCCUCAUCUUCAACAUUUUCUACUGGAUCAUCUACAAGAUUGUCCGCAGGGAGGAUGUCCACAACCAGUGAAUGGAAGGGCUGGGGAAGCUUGGGUGGGUGCAAGGAGGGCACAGCACAAGGAGAAGAGACCCAAGGGAAGCAGAGGGAGAGAGAGGGUUCUCCCAGAAUAUGUGCAAUAGCAAUGCAGAAAUGCAUGAAUUUCAGAAUGUGGCAAUAUCUAUUUAAAC